AUGAGCGGCGUGGAGGAGGAGGAUGCGCGUGAGGUGGUGGAGGUGGCACCGGCGCGGGGAGCGCUGGGUGGCGCUGCCGCGGGCUCCGGCAUGGCGGGGCCCCAGCAGCUGGAGGGACUCAGGGGCCGUGAGUGGCAGCAAGAACAACAAGAUCCUCAGCAGGAGCAGGAGCAGCAGCAGCAGGAGCAGCAACAGGAGCAGGAGCGGCAGCAGGAGCAGCAGCGCCCGAGUGCGGCCGAGCGGGUGGCCAGCGGCAUCCUGCUGGGGGGCUGCGUGCUGGCGGGCCUGGUGCGGGUUGCGUCGGGCUCGGCGUCGGCCGCCGUUGCGCGGUACGCGGAGGCCCGUAUGGCAGCAGCAGACAGGGCGGAGCCGCCGACGCGUGUCUCGCCGCACAUGCAACAGGGGCUCCAGGUCGCGGCUGCCGUCGCGAGCGGCGCCGCGUGCGUGACCGGCCACAUCGCGUCGGCGGUCGGCGAGGCGUCCUACGCCCUUGCGCAGCACAUCGCCGCAGUCAGCCGGGAAAACCGCGAGCAGCGCCGCCACGAGGGGCACAGCGCGGGCAGCGGCGGCCGCCGGCGCCACGGCCGGCACUCGGCAGCCGGAGCGCGCGGGGAGGCCGGCGACGGCGAGGCGCGGGGCGGCGGCGACGAGGGCGGGCAGUCGGCGCUCAAGACGGUGGGGGCUGCGGGGCUGCUGGCCUACGUUCAGAUCUACGACGCCUUGGAGGAAGCUGCCAAGCAGGUGCUGGCGCACAGCGCCGAGGCCAGCGCCCAAUACAUUGGCUACAAGUAUGGCCCGGAGGCGGCCGCGGCCGCGCAGAUGGGCGUGCCCCUGGCCCAAAACGUGGUCCACACGGCCACCAACGCCGCGCGCCUGGCAGUGGCACGCGCUCUGGUGUCGGAGGGCGCGCAGAGGUCGGCGGCCUUGUACCUCCAGGCCGCCCUUGACCCAGCCGCCCUGUCCCCGCCUGAGGGCGCGGCGGCGCUCGCGGCCGCGGCGGGCGGGCGCCCGGCCGGCGGCAUUGGGGCGCCGGCGGGGCUGGUGGGCGGUGGCGUGGGGCUGCGGCCGCUGGUGACCCCGAUAGAGAUGCGGGCCAUGCCGGUUGCGUGA